AUGAAUCAAGAAGAAGAAAAGCCUGUGGAAGGAGCUUCUUCAAUGGAGAGAGAACACAUGUUCGACAAAGUAGUAACACCAAGUGACGUAGGGAAACUAAACCGACUCGUGAUCCCAAAGCAGCACGCGGAAAGAUACUUCCCUUUAGAUCAUAAUUCCUCAACACAUGACAACAACAACAACAACAACAAAGGUUUGCUUCUAAACUUCGAAGACAGAACAGGAAACUCAUGGAGAUUCCGUUACUCUUACUGGAACAGUAGUCAAAGUUAUGUCAUGACAAAAGGUUGGAGCCGCUUCGUUAAAGACAAGAAGCUUGAUGCUGGAGACAUCGUUUCUUUUCAGAGAGAUCCCGGUAAUAAAGACAAGCUUUUCAUAGAUUGGAGGAGACGACCAAAGAUUCUAGAUCAUCAUCAAGCUAUGUUCCCUAGGUUCUACUCUUUCUCUCAUCCUCAGAACCUUUAUCAUCGAUAUCAACCAGAUCUUGGAAUUGGGUAUUAUGUGAGGUCAAUGGAGAUACAUGAUCCAACGGCUAUAAUUGAAUCUGUGCCGGUGAUAAUGCAAAGGAGAGCAGCACACGUGGCUACUAUGGCUUCAUCAAGAGGAGAGAAGAGGUUAAGGCUGUUUGGAGUUGAUAUGGAGUGUGGUGGAGGAGGAGGAAGUGUGAAUAGCACGGAGGAAGAGUCGUCGUCUUCCGGUGGUAGUAUGUCACGUGGCGGCGUUUCUAUGGCUGGUGUUGGUUCUCUCCUCCAGUUGAGGUUAGUGAGCAGUGAUGAUGAGUCUUUAGUAGCUGCAAGUGUCGAUGAGGAUCAUCACUCGUUUACAAAGAAAGGAAAGUCUUCUUUGUCUUUCGAUUUGGAUAGAUGAUGAUUAUUGAUUAAUUAUGAGAUUAAUCACUACUAU